UACUCUGUUAAUCGUAUGUUGUUUUCAGUUAUUUAAUAUCUUUAUUUAAAAGUAUCUAUUUGUUUAUGUUAGCAUGCCUUGUAAAUAUGUUAGUUCAAUAAUGUAAAAAAAUAUAUAUAAUUAACGGACCAAGCUAGCAGCUUUAGCUUUACCUAAGUGCGCGCUCGUUGCUACGGACGCCUAGCUCGUCGUCACUAACGGGAACAACAGGAAACUACUUCCGGGUGAAGAAAGCAACCGGGUAUCCACGUGAAUUAUCAAAGGUUACAAAACGGAUUCCGAUGAGGACGUGAUCUUUGUUUCUUCAAAGUGUGCACUUAAAUCCAAUGAGAUCACCUUGGACCAGGCGAAGCGACUGGCCCUGCAAAGAGACAUUGAUCAGCUUUCCCAGCCCAAGCAGUUAGCCAAACCUUUGACAAGCCAAAGGUCUGUUGCUGUGGAGAGGCCACUGGAAAUGGUGAAAAUGAAGAUGGAGGGUGAGGAGAAUGUUGUAAAGAAGGAGAAGAAACUCAAGAUAGGACAAGUCUCUCUGCUUGAAAACAGAAACAGUACUGUUGAUGAUGGGAGCCUAGCAAAGGUGAAAAAGGAAAAGAAGAAGAGUAAAAAGGUUGAUACAAUUAUCAUAGAAGACGAGUCUUGUGAUGGAGGUGGUGAAAAGGAAGAGAAGAGGAAAAAGAAGAGGAAGAUUGUCACUGAAACUCUGAAUGAUGCAGAUGAGCCUGAUGCUAAGAAUGGAAAUGACGAAAAAGUCCGCAAAAAGAAGAAGCAGCAGCAGCUGGCUGAACAUCAAGUGGAAACUGCACUGAGUGCAGUAAAAGAAGAAGAAAUGGGAAAGAAUCAGAGGAAGAAAGUUAAAAAAAAGUCUGUACAAAUGAAACCAGAAAAUAAAACGAUAGAAAAAGAUGAGGAGGAAGAACAGCAAGCUGGAAAGGAUAAACUGUCAAAGAAAGCCAAGAAGACAAAAAACUAUAUUUUAGUUGAAAGCUCAGAAGAGACUGAGGAGCAAGUUAAAGAAAAAAAGAAGAAGAAAAAGACUGAAAAGGAAGCAACUGAAGGCACAGAUGAAACAACAAAAAAGAAAAAUAAAGCCAAAACAAAAGUGGCUGAGAAUGAUGUGAAGUUAGAAACAUCAGAGGGAGAGACUGGUGCGGUUGAAGAGGUAAAAGUGAAAAAGAAGAAAAAGAAAGAAGCCAAAAGGGUGAAAGUUGGAAAUGAAGAACCUCAGAUCAAAGGCAACAACAAAAGUAGCAAAGUGGAGAAACACACUAUGCUCAACAAGAAAGACAAAUCCACAGAGAGUGAAAUUGUUAUCAUAGACGAAAGGAAGACUGAGGUAAAGAAAAAAGGAAAAAAAGACAAGAGUAGAAAAGCUUCUGUGGAGGUAAGCGAAGUAGAGGACACAGUGCCAAAGAAGAAGAAAAGGAAAAACAGAGAGAAGGAAGAGCCGUUUAUGCUCAAAUGUGAAGAAGUUGAGGUGCAGAGUACAGAAACUCUUGUCACAGUAGCUGGGGACUCAACAAGCAAGAAAAGCAAAAGGAAGAAGAGCUCCAUUAAGGUGGAAACACAAGCGGAGAAUGUGAGUUUUGAAACUAGUGCAAAAAAGAAGACGAAAAAGAAGAUGAUUAAAGAAGAGGUGGAAGACCAACAUGAAUCACCCCAAGUGGACGUGGUCUUCUUGUCAGAAAAAACUGGAAACUCUGAUGAGGUCACCAUCAACCAGGAACGAAGACAGGCUUUACAAAUGGAGAUUGACAAGGCCUCUCAACCUCAAAAACCAGCCAAACCUACGGGUUUCGGUCAGUGGAGCACCGCCCAGUUCGAUAGCUCUGACCAGCAGCAGAAGUUCCUCCGGUUGAUGGGCGGCUUCAAAAAGGGUUUUCAGCCAGCUACGGGGAGCACUGGAGGAGCAAAUAUGGCCCUGGGGAAGGAAGCACAGCAGCAGUUGCAGCAAGGGCUUCUGGGAGAGUUUGAACGAGCUCACUCGCGCAGAGUGGACUUCAGUAACAGGGGGGCAGGACUUGGGUUUGCUGCACCAUCCAAUAAGAAGUUCUCCAUUGACAUAAAUACACGUCGAUCAGUUCGCUUUGAUGACUGAGCUACGAGUGUUCGGAGGAGUAAUUUUUGUAUAUUUGAGAUGUGUAUAUGUUUGUAAAGAUUGUUUUUGUAUGUGUAGUUUUAACUGUAGAUUCGGACAAUGAACUGUUUGCUCAGGUUCACUGGAAAAUCCACAUCCCACAACAGACUACUAUUAUAACACCUUGUACAUAAAUGAAUAUCAGAGAAUGGACACAGUGCCAUUUGUACAUACUGUAUAUUAAACAUCCUGCUGCUCAAGGAA